CGGUCCCGAAAGGUUCUGUUACGAUCUUUUUGCUUGCAUAAAAUUUCACAAUGACCGGUCGUGGUAAGGGAGGAAAAGGAUUGGGAAAGGGAGGUGCGAAGCGUCACAGGAAAGUUCUUCGCGAUAAUAUCCAAGGUAUUACCAAACCUGCGAUUCGUCGUUUGGCUCGUCGAGGUGGUGUGAAACGUAUAUCUGGAUUGAUUUACGAAGAAACUCGUGGCGUAUUAAAAGUUUUUCUGGAAAACGUCAUUCGCGAUGCAGUCACGUAUACCGAACAUGCUAAGAGAAAGACUGUGACAGCCAUGGACGUUGUUUACGCUUUGAAGCGUCAAGGACGCACUCUCUAUGGGUUUGGUGGUUAAAAACCGCCAUAGAUGCUUCAGUCAUUUUUUUAUUAUAAACACGGCCCUUUUCAGGGCCA